AUGUCUGAGCUUCAUUCGCGUUUAGCAAUGUUGUUUCUGCCAAUAAUAGUCGUGUGUGAAAUCUCAGUAGUGAGUGAAGAGACGAAGAUUCGAGUUCACGGACGAUUUUAUUCUGCAACAGCAAAGCUCGCGACUAAUGGUGCAACGGAUGAAGAAUAUUCGUCGAGAAAUUCGACGGACAUUCUACCAUCAGUUGUGUCACAGGAAUCUCAGGAAAUCUUGGCGACAGCACACAAUUCCAUACUUUCCAAGUUGAGGAGAGAAAUCGAUUUACGGAAAGUUGGUUUCGGAGACGGUCGCAGGAUCCGGAUUGAGCGUCGCGUUACUUCUUCGAAAGUCAUAAAUCCGCUCAAAAAACUAAGUACACAGAGAGUCGAUGAUUUUGGGAAUGGCACUGGCCUGGAGAAGCUUACGAAAAGAAAACGAAGAGAAAAAGAAUCUCCUUUCGCUUUAUCAAAACAGGCCUUCGACGGAGGUUACAAACUAGCAGGCAAUCAUUGCGAGGAGCCCUCAGCGAUCGACAAUGGAGUCGAUUAUGUUUAUCCGGAAAGCCAAAACUUCAAUUCGACCCGACGGGUUUGUCUGGGCCGUUCAAUUAUAAAAAAGCGUAACAAACAAAAUUUCGAUUUGAAAAACGAUGAUGACGAGAUCACCGGAGUUUAUUACCCCAAUGCAAACAAUAACGAGGAAAACAGCCACAGAGUGAGAGAACUCAUCGAUCAAUAUCAAAAAGAAUUGCCCAUGGAAAUCGAAACAAAGGAUUCGAACGAGACCAACAAGGACCUGAAAAAUCUCACGCAAGAUUCUAUCACGCGCUUGUCUUUGGAUUAUCAUGAACCUGAUCAAUUCAACAUCACAGACAUCCCUUGGCCCAUCGUACCCGGACCAAUAACCUGCGAUCUCGAUUAUCAACUCCAACCGUCGUUCGUGGCCAGACUAGGGGAAUUCGACUACGUGGUUUCGAUGCAACGACAAGAAAAUCCCGACGAACCAGCCGAGCACACGUGCACAGGUGUAAUUUACAAUCGCCGUUUCGUGAUCAUAGCGCUCCAUUGUGUGAGCGAUAAUUAUGGUCUGACCGUCACGUCGACCGACGAUUUGUGCACGAUCGAUGAAAUGAUCAGUGUCGACUACAUCAUCGAGCACAAAAAUUACGACUCCGACACGCGAAUCCACGACAUCGCGCUUCUCAAACUCAAAUCAGAAAUUCAUAAAAAGUCAGCAAAGUUUCCGGACGAUGAUGAGGCACUGGAGACCCAUUAUUAUGCCGUUGGUUUUGGAGAAUUGAUGUGGAAUUCAUUCCCCACAAAAGUAAGCAAACUUUUACAAAAAGUACCAGUUCGACCUGCCCAGGAUCUUCCAGAGGCCCCUGGAACAUUGCACGUAACAACGUCGUUCAUGGAUCUCACUGGAACAUUUCGGGGUGACUACGGUGGUGCAUUGGUAAAUCCCAAAGGAGAAUUUAUCGGUCUCAAAUCAAAGCUUAUUAAAAAAUCAACGGAGUACGAAGUUUAUACGAAAGUUCGUGAUUAUCUACCGUGGAUCAAGUCAAUGGUAGCCUUGCAUGGCUCUUGAGAACGAUUGACAGAGGACAUCUUCAAGGCUCCGAAAUACGAAUAAACUGUGGGCAGCCAUUCUUCGAGCUAACGAACCCAUCAACACAUUCCUCUGGCGAACUACGAAAAAAAAAAAUGUUAAAAUGCUACUAAAAAGUGAAGUUUUUACAGAAAAAGAAG